GCAGUCGCACACGCGGCACGUAGCCGCGCUACGACGAGUGGUGCAGUGAAAAUAUACACGACGGGGGUGGAGACGCGCCGCGAGGGUGCCCGAGGGACAUCCGGCGACGGAGAGCGACGAGAUGCGCGAGUGAGCGGGACAAGGACGCGACGAGUGCGGGUGCGCGUCUGCAUGCGCCGCUGCAGAAACUCCAUAGUACCGCAACCCGCCACUCGCCGCCGCCUCGGCGCCACAGUCUCUCUCUCCGCAUGUCCGCGGAGCCGGCUGAAACGCUCGUACCUCCUCGACGUUCGUCCACCUACUCGCCUCCUGCAAAAUGGUACUUGCAGACGCGACGUUGGCGGACAACCACCACCGUCAUCGCACUUUCGCGACGAACGGUAAUCCGGAAGGUAUCACGAUAUGCAACUUAGCGGACGGCGAGACCUUGACGUACAGCUUGGCCCUGAUAAGAGGUCGAGCACCUGCGCUAUGCAGCUACAUCACCGUUCGGGGUUACAAGAACGUGACCUCCGAGUGGCCGAUCAUCGCCGGACAGUUCCGCGUCCUGGUGGACUUGGCGCGUGGACCUAACAAGUUGGAACUCGAGGCAGGCGGCCACAAGAGGAGGCUCAUCCUGAUAUACGAGCCGAGGACCACCAGGCUUCGGGUCACACCGGUCUACGUCAUCUGCGCCGGUCAUGACGGUUAUUUUCAGGGACCACGGGGUGAGGAUCGAUCGCCCGAAAGCGCGGCGACGAGGAUAGGGCUCGGUGCCAGACUACUUCAGACUUUGACGGCCGAGAAGCUGCGUGAGGCCGGUUACGGUAGGAAAACUUUCCAAUUGGAGAGGGACUUGGACGGGCCGGAAUGCCUGGUGAUGCACAGCAUGCUCCACGUGGACCGCGCCCGGGCGAUGAAGCAGAGGGAGCUCUGGGAGCUGAUCGCGCGCGAACUCAUGACCGGCCCCUUAGCGUCCAGGAAUCGUAAAUAUCUAGCGUUUCUCUCAUGUACGAGAUACCGUGGCGCGCCUAGUCCUCGAACGCACGAGGAUACCUUGGCGAGGACCCAAGGCCAUGCAGCUCUCGGCGGAGGUGGCUUGGCGCUCUUCGGCUCAGCGUGUCUUCAUACUUGGCCUACGUGUAUGGCUCAGGUGUUACCGAGAUUCUUGGACGUCACUAUCGUGGACACCGAGCAGCUUAUGGACGAUAGCAACUACCGCGGCACCCACGGCGGCUGUUUAGCGACGACCUUGGGCUCCGUCCUACACGAACUUGGCCAUACCUUUGAUCUCGGUCACACUCGGGAGGGAAUAAUGGGUCGAGGAUUCGACUACGUCGACAGGGUUUUCGUAGGGGCUGCUGGAAUCGACUUCAAUCGCAAUCCCAUCAGAAGGGACCCUCAACAUACGACUGUCGCCCUUAGUAGACCACUCAGCGUCACGGUGACUGUACAAGAAUCCGUGCUGUCGAGUCCGCGAAGAGGCAGGUUGCUCUCGGAGACAUCCAGACCAACACCGUCUCCCACUUCGAGGCAGUUACCUGGGAGACUUUCGGCGCCAGCUAGCCCUGAGCUCAACAGAUCGCUCACUAAGAGCCUCAUCGCUUCGGAACCGCCUUCGCAGUCCGAUCGUACCUUCUGGGGCCCGUCGUGCGCGGCGUUGCUCGCCCAUCAUCGCUGGUUCAACAAUGAAAUGGACAAUCUUUCCACCAGGCAUCAUCAUGAAAUCGAAUACGAUGGGAAAAGGAAUGUGGUGAGAUCGCGAUACGGAAUACGUGUCAUAGAGCUUAGGGAAACUUCAGGAGGGAUGGUUGUGGGUUCUCGUCAAUUUCCUGGCUCGCGACCACCUUUGGAGGCUCUAGUACCAUCACCUCCACCCCACUGCCUCACCACCCUCACUCUCGUGGCCGAAGACUCCACUGGGAAUGUGCUCAAACAUCCUCUUCCCACUGCCUUUUAAAGGUCAGCGUAUAUAGUGACGGAUAAAUUGACUUUCCAAUCCGUCGCGAAGGUCGUUACCUCUGAUAAGCAAUAUCGGCUUAAAUACUCACUGUAAAUGAUCUCUCUCCAAAGAUAUUUUCUUUCUGUACUCUCAGUUUGAUAAAACUCAGUGCGGAUACUUUAAAAAUUAAGCAGUGCGAAGUUCAGUGGUAAGUUCUCUCUUGGUAUAUAUAUAUAUAUAUUUUUUUUUUUUGCGUGCUAAUUGCAUUUGUCGACAAAGCCGCGUAGAUAAGUUUAAAAUAUUUUUUUAGUAGCGAUAUAUAUUAUAAUAUGACAAGAGGUGUACGGCGAAGGUGAGGAUACAACAGCGAACAAAUUAUUUUCCCACUGAUUUCAUCGAAGUACGCACCAUCACUCGCGUUUCAUUCUGUCAUUGCUCUGAUACUCAUUCUGAUCUGAUAUUCAGUAGCUGAUAAUUUCCGUUGCUCUAUGAACACAACGAUAUGACAAGAUGUUGAAUUCCUAGUUUUUAUUCUCGAUACUUCGUGGCGAUAGUGCAAUAUUUAUUUAGGCUCGUUAAUCAAAGUAUUAUACUGCCAUGGUAUACAUGUAGUACAACUACGGCUAGAACAAUGGCAUGAGACGAUUUGCACAUGUAAUUUAGAAGGUUCCUCCCUCAAUUCAAUUAUCUAUUUAUUUAUUGUUCUACUCCACUAAGAAUUCUCGCGUGGAUAUUUUCGGAUAUACGAUUUGCAUACCGUCGAGAAUCAAACAAGAGCUUGCACUCGUUGCUAUAUAUGUAGAUUUUGAGGUGUACGUGCGUGCACGCAAGUGACAUGAAUUUUAUAUAACAACGCGUAUGAUCAUAUAGUCGAGUGACAAAUAUUUAAUAACUAUACGGGGUACACACAUUUUGCUCAUGUACAAUAUUUUACAUGUUGAAUAUGCAGGGAACUACUUUAUAAUAAUUUAUUUUGUAAAAAUGGUCUCUUUAGCGCGUUUCGUGAUGUAGUCUUAAUUCCCACUAGUGCAAAACAAUUGAUUAAUAAUAUCCGUAACGUGCACAAAUAUGCAUUAUUCAAUAUAAUGAAUAUAUUACUGAUAUAAUAUGAGACAUAUUGGAAGUGCUUGUAUAACUACAUUGCGGAAAUUUCAUAGAGAACCUAUUAUUAUAUAAUAUAUAUGCAAUUAUAUAUAUACACUUAUAUACUAUAAGUAGAAUUUUAAAAAGCGAUUGAUAAACAGAGAAGAGAGAGAGAGAAAGAGAGAGACGCAGGUUCUAACAGAAACAAAUAGGUCGUUAGAGCAGAAAGACACUUGUAUAUUAUUAAACAAACAUACACAUAUGUACAGUAUGAUAUAUAUAUA